GUACAUGAACGAAGGGUGUCCGAGUGGGGCAUUAUUGAAUUUCUCAAUGAGUGUAAUUUAGAGUCUCUCGAGAUAAUCAUGAAUACAGAGAAAGGUCAAAGGCGGAAAAAGGCAGUAGAACUUUUCAAUCUUUACAAGAUGGCAAGUAUUAGGAAAAAUUUUCUUGUUGGUGGCCUGGGUUCUCGACCAGAUAAAAAAAGGGCAGCAAAACGGAACGAUGCGUAUUCUUCUACAAAAAUCCAUAUCUAUCAACCAACUGUAAAUGGGUCAAUGAAUGAGUCAUUAAAUGGGGAUAUAUCGGGUAACACAUUUCAUGUAAACGUUGAACCAAGAAGUAACAACCGGGAAAUGAACGACGGUAAAAUCUUGAAGAAAGUAAAAAUUGAUGAUUACUUUUCUGUACGCAGCUCUACUAGCCAAGAUGAACAGGGUGAACAUGCAAAUCAG